CGGUACCAAGCCCCCAACCCCGCCGGGCCCGGCUCCCCUCCGCCUCGGCCCCUUCGUUCUCCCUGACGGCGCUGGGACCGCCCCGCUCCCGGCUCUGCCCGCUUCGCCCGCCGGGUGGGUGCUGAGGGGCCCCCGGGACCCCCCCUGAGCCCGGGCCCGCCUCCCACGGCCCCUUCGGCUGCUCCCCGGCCGCUUCCCCGUUCCCCUCUUCCAGGGCGUCGGGUACCGCCGGGCCGGAGCCGGCAGCGGGAGGGCGAUCCGAGGGCUCCCGCGUCCCUCCCGGGGAUCUCUGGGGCUCUCCCACGGGAACGCAGCCGGGGGGCCCGGCUGGAGCCAUCGGGGCCUCGUGCCCCCCCCCCCCCAUGCCCGCCCUGGCCUGGGGGGGCACCAACUCCUCAGCCAGCCCCCGUGGGGGCCCCCACCGCGGCCACUGCGUCGCUGCCAUGUGAGGGGGGGGCACGGCCGGCCCCACGUCUCCCCCCCUCCCUGCUGCCGUGAGCUCCCCCCUGGUACUGCCAUGAUGUUCCGGGAUCAGGUGGGGAUCGUGGCAGGGUGGUUCAAGGGUUGGAACGAGUGCGAGCAGACGGUGGCCCUGCUCUCGCUGCUGAAGCGUGUCACCCGCACACAGGCCCGCUUCCUCCAGCUCUGCCUCGAGCACUCACUGGCCGACUGUGCCGACAUCCACCUCCUUGAGGCUGAGGCCAACAGCACUGCCGCCAUCAGCCAGUGGCCACAGGAGCCGGCGGAGGCAGCAGUGGCCCUGCUCCUGGCCCACCUCCCACUCCUGCAGCCAGGGAACGCCGGCAAGGCCGAGUACAUGAAGCGGCUGCAGAAAAUCCUGGCGUAUGCCAUCGAGAGCAACCGCUGCGUGGAGGAGAGCCGGCAGCUCCUCUCCUAUGCCCUCAUCCACCCCGCCACCACCCUGGAUGACCGCAGCGCCUUGGCGCUCUGGUUGGGCCACUUAGAGGAGCGUUUGGCUGGUGGCAGCAGCCCCCCAGCACGGCCCCCCUGCCCCGACGCUCCUCGACGGCCUCCGCCUCCCCACGAGUGGCCUGAGCACGUGGCCCCGGAGCUGGGGCCGGCCUGGCCUGAGGCAGCCCCCCGAGAGAAUGGGCACCCGCCCUCCAUUCCCCCUGCCAGCGGCAACGGCCUGGGGGGAGCGGCUCUGCCCUGCCAGCUGCACCGCCCGCUGAAGCGUUCCCUCUCACUGGUGCCCAGCAGUCCCCAGGGAGGGGGAAACGAAUGGCCGGGGGGGGGUGACGAGCCAGCUCCCUGUCCCCCCCCGCCCCCCUUUGGGGACCACGCACCCCUCUCGCCCCAGAGCAGCGUGGCCUCCUCGGGCAGCGAGCAGACUGAGGAGCCGGCUGGCAGCCGCAACACCUUCCAGGAGGAUGGCAGCGGCAUGAAAGAUGUCCCCUCCUGGCUGAAGAGCCUGCGGCUGCACAAGUAUGCAGCGCUCUUCUCCCAAAUGACGUACGAGGAGAUGAUGACACUGACGGAGCAUCACCUUGAGUCACAGAAUGUCACCAAGGGCGCGCGGCACAAGAUCGCCCUCAGCAUCCAGAAGCUGCGGGAGCGGCAGAGCAUCCUCAGGGCGCUGGAGAAGGACAUCCUGGAGGGGGGCAACCUGUGGACGGCGCUGCAGGAGCUCCAGCAGAUUAUGGUGACCCCCAUCAAGGCCUUCCGGCCCCCUCCCGGGGCCGCUGACGCCUUCGCCCCCCACCCGGCUGCUGAUGCUGAAGCCCCCGCUGCCCCUGUCCCCGACGGGGACAUCCCAGGGCAGUUCACCCGUGUCAUGGGCAAAGUGUGCACCCAGCUGCUGGUGUCACGGCCAGAUGAGGAGAACAUCACCAGUUACCUCCAGCUCCUCGAGAAGUGCCUGAGCCACGAGGCAUUCACGGAGACACAGAAGAAGAGGCUCCUCUCCUGGAAGCAGCAGGUCCUGAAGCUGCUCCGCGCCUUCCCCAAGAAGGUGCCGCUCGACGGGCCCGGGCCUAUCGGCCCCCCCAAGGGCUGGGCCUUUGGCUCCAACUCGCUCCCCAUAGCUGGCUCUGUGGGGGGGGGCGGGGGGCGGCGGGGGCAGCGCCCCUUCGUUUUGCCCCCCCGUGCGCUGCCCCCCACCCACCUGGGGCUGCUGGGGCCUGCUGGUGGGGCCCCCAUCCCCCGGCCUCCCCUCGGCGGACCCCCCUUUCAGUGCCAGGGACGACAGAGCCUGUGGUUUGGCAGCGGGGGGGGCGGGGGCUCCCCGGGGAGCCGCAGCGUGGUGCAGCGCACCCACUCGCUGCCCGUCCACACCUCACCCCAGGCCCUGCUCGCCUUCCCCCAGGGUAGUGUCCCCCUCCCUGGCACUGACCUGGAGAUCAACCCCACGCUGGAGUCGCUGUGCCUAAGCAUGACGGAGCACGCGCUGGGGCGGUGA